AUGGCAGAGGGACAACCACUGGUCUUAAACUAUUCAGAUUAUGGUUCAUUACCAAAUGAAGAAACAUACAAUUUAAAUAAUGCAUCAACUCCCGCGGUUUUAAAUGAUUCGCCACUCACACCAAAUAAACGCAAUUCUCUUAAAAUUAUACUUACUUGUUCAUGGAUAAAUUGUUUAUUAAUAUUUAUACCAUUUGGAUAUUUGGCUCAUAUAUUUAAAUGGAGCGAUACUUGGAUUUUCACUUUAAAUUUUUUAGCUAUACUUCCAUUAUCCAAAUUAUACGAUUUUGCAACGGUGGAUGUUAGUUUAAGAGUUGGUCAGUCAAUUGGUUGUUUGUUAAAUGCUACAUUUGGUAAUGCAGUAGAAUUAAUCGUUUCAAUAAUAGCAUUAUCAAAAGGAGAGAUACGCGUUGUUCAAACAUCAUUACUUGGUGCAAUUAUUUCAAAUUUACUAUUAAUAUUAGGAAUGAGUUUUGUUAUAGGAGGAUUUAUUUAUCACCAACAAGUAUUUAAUCAGAUUAUUGCACAAACCUCUUCUGGUUUAAUGACUUUAGCGUGUAUUAGUUUAAUAAUCCCUGCUGCUUUUAAUUUUGCUGUCAACGGUAAUACUUUUAAUGAUAAUGGAGGAAGUACUAGACAACUUGUAGACUUGUCUCAUGGAUCAGCAAUAAUUUUAUUAAUAAUUUAUAUUCUUUAUAUUUUUUUUCAAUUGAAAACCCAUUCGAAUUUAUAUCAAAUAGAAGAAGAAGAAGAAGAACCUCAAUUAUCUCUUAGUACUGUAUUAGCUUUAUUCGUUGUUGUGACCUUUAUUGCAGCUUUAUCUGCUGAAUAUUUAGUUGAUUCAAUUAGAGGAAUGGCUGAAUCUUCUGGAUUAAGUAAAACCUUUAUCGGUUUGAUUUUAUUGCCUAUCAUUGGUAACGCUGCUGAGUUUACAACCGCUAUUAAUGCUUCAGCAAGAAAUAAAAUGAGCUUUGCUAUCACUAUUGCUGCUGGUAGCUCUAUGCAAAUCGCACUUUUUCUUACGCCAUUCCUUGUUAUACUCGGAUGGAUAAUAGGACAAGAUUUAACUUUGUAUUUUCAGCCGUUUGAAACUGUAGUAUUAUUCAUUUCAGUUAUUAUUACAAAUUAUCUUAUUCUGGAUGGUAAAUCAAAUUGGUUUGAAGGUGCUAUGUUGCUAGCUACAUAUACCAUUAUAUCUUUAGCUUUCUUCUUAUAUCCAAUGAAAUUGUAA